UCAAACACUCCGAGAACUUCGUCCACCGAAAAGUCUCAGAACCAAAUCAAAGUGCAUGAAAAAUACACGCGUCGAAACCAUCAAGUAUCUCUUGACCUGGAUCACAGAAUUACGUGGAGGUAUGCUGUGGUGCAGCGGCUUGGCCGGGACAGGGAAGAGCUCGAUCGUGGGCACGCUGCAUGAACAUUUCGUCGUUCACACCAGUGUAAGGUCGGCGGGAUGACCGCGGUUGGUUUUUGAUCGGUGUUCGUCAUUGUGAUGCUGCCACCCAACACCCUGUGCCAAAUUAAGUCAAUCUAUACCUCUGUCUUAUUCUCGUCUCUAUGAAUACCAGUCUUCCCAAUAAUUACAGGCCUACCGUUUGCACUGGGAGGUACCCAGAGAAUGGGUGCCAAGGCAACUUCCCUCUCAAAGGCACUCCAGGUCUAUGUGAACGAUGCCACCUGUUAAACCUGUCCCAAAAUUCUCCAGAAGAGCAUGCUCGCAUUUCUAUUUAUUUUCAAUGUAAUCAUUGUGGUGCGGCGAAUCGAGAGAUUACAGUCAGCUGCUGCUGCCUCCAAUGCGCAGUUCAGCUUCAAGUACAAGAGCAUGAAACUAUGACAAAAUGCGUUGGAGACCUUCCCGAGAAUUCCUGUCAAGGAAACUUCCCUUUCAAAAAGGAUUACGGACUAUGCAAUCGCUGUGACAUUCUGAAUUCUCUUGAAGAUAAUCCUAAUGCACAUGUGCUUGUUUCGUCAUAUCCCCAGUGUAGAAAGUGCGGUGCUAUUGCAGAGACUAUGCCUAACGGUGUGUGUUCCAGCUGCAAAAAUAUCUCUGUUUCUCCCUAUAAGAUGCAAUGUACUGCUGGGAUACAACAGCCUGAACAUAUGAAACAUUAUAUCGCACCAACCAUAAAUGAUUUGGCAAGACGGGUUAUUGCUGAUGCCAGGGAUUACAGGUCAGAAGCAUGGGUCACUCGAAUGUAUGGACGUGCUACCCAGAGGCAUGGAGUUGUGCAGCCCGAAAUGUAGACUAUUUAGCGCGAUAGCCUCCAUCCAGUUACCUCUCUGCUGAACUGCUCAAGGCCUCAAGUUUCGCGAUCCGGUGUUCAAUUCAAAUGAAUACGCAGUCAAAGAUCCUGUGAUAUAGGAGCA